UCUACACACAUAAAGAACUUUCCCGCCGCCCACUCGAGCAGGCUACACAAUCUCUCUCUCUCCCCCCAUAGAAAGACACGACGCUUGGCGGUAUCAUAUCCCCAUUGCACCUUGAAACAAACAAUACCUCUCCCAAACCCUAAUUUCUGAAUUUUGCGAGAGUCUUCGAUUCACCGCCAUGAACCUUCGCUCAGGUCGCUCCGGGCCUUCCGAACAAGAUUCUUGAUUUCUGAUAAUUUGGAUUAGCAAUGGUCAAAGCAGGCAAUAAUCCCCAGUAUAUAGAGAUCUCCUCCGAUGAAGAUGAUGAUCACGUGACAUCAGAUUCUUCUGAUGUCAGUAGUAGCGCCUACUAUAACUGUGAUGAUUUCUUGGGUGCGAUUGAAAGGUUAAGUAAAACAGUUUUGGACUUAAAUAAUGAACCAAUUGCUGAGGUUGAAGUUAGUGAUGGGGAAGACAGUGCGAAAAGGAGGAAAGGCUGGUCGAAGAAGAAAAUGGGACAGGCAAGUCACAAGGGAGCGGCAUUGGAAGGGGAAGAUGAUGAGGUAGAGAGCGUGGAUGGAACAAAUAAGGAAGAACAAGAGGGUCAUGUGGCAGAGAUUGAUUUUCUUGGUUUGAAGGAUGUGAAAAAGAAGAAGAAGAAGGGGAAAAGGAAAAGGGACACUAGGUCGACCUUGAUGUGGGAAGUUUGGGAAGAAGAGCAUGAGAGAUGGGUGGACGAGAAUAUUACGAGAGAUUUUGACUUAGACCAUCAGAAUGAAAUGGUGGCUGAAACAUCUGAGGCACCUUCGGAUUUGAUCGUGCCUCUAUUGAGGUACCAGAAGGAAUGGCUGGCUUGGGCCUUGAAGCAAGAGGAGUCUGCUAUAAAAGGGGGUAUCCUUGCUGAUGAGAUGGGAAUGGGGAAGACUGCCCAAGCAAUUGCUCUUGUCCUUGCUAAACGAGAAAUAUGCCGAGAAUUUCGUGACCUUAACAUACUUGCACCCUCACCAAGUUCAUCCUUGGAGUUGCCUAAAGUUAAAGGCACCCUCGUUAUUUGUCCGGUGGUUGCUGUGAUUCAGUGGGUAAAUGAGAUUGAACGUUUCACCUCAAAAGGAAGCAACAAAGUUCUGGUUUAUCAUGGUACCAAUAGAGGGAAGAAUCUUCACCAGUUCUCUGAAUAUGAUUUUGUCAUAACUACAUAUUCGAUUGUAGAGGCUGAAUAUAGGAAAAAUGUGAUGCCACCAAAACAGAAGUGCCAGUGGUGUGGGAAGUCAUUCUAUGAGCACAAGUUGUCUGUUCACCUGAACUACUUCUGUGGGCCUGAUGCUGUUAAAACUGCUAAGCAGUCAAAGCAACAGAAGAAGGGGCAGAAAUUUGGGCGAAGAAUGUCAAAGCAGAAAACAUCUGAUAAAGGCAAGGCUUGUGAAUCUGAUAGCGAUAAAAGGAAGGGUGCUGUCAGGAAGGCUAAAAAGUCGAAAGGCGUGGACAAAGAUAUAGGAACUAGUUCUACGAUGGAAAAUUCAGCAGAUGCUGAACAAUGCUUGCCCACAAGGAAAUCUAUUUUGCAUUCUGUGAGGUGGGACCGCAUUAUUUUGGAUGAGGCUCAUUAUAUAAAAGAUAGACGUAGUAAUACCACGAGAGCUGUCCUUGCUUUAGAAUCAUCUUAUAAAUGGGCUCUAAGUGGGACUCCCCUGCAGAAUCGUGUUGGAGAACUUUACUCAUUGGUACGCUUCCUUCAGAUAGUCCCUUACUCGUACUAUUUCUGUAAGGAUUGUGAUUGCAGAACACUGGAGUAUAGUGCCUCAGCUGAAUGUCCGAAAUGCCCUCAUAAUUUUGUGAGGCACUUUUGUUGGUGGAACAAAUAUAUUGCCACACCAAUACAAGCUCAAGGGAAUGUUGGGGCCGGUCAAAGAGCAAUGAUUUUGCUAAAGCACAAAAUUUUGAAAAGCAUAGUGCUAAGACGUACUAAGAAGGGCAGGGCUGCAGAUCUUGCGCUUCCUCCUAGAAUUGUUUCGUUGAGACGGGAUACUAUGGAUAUCAAAGAAGAAGACUAUUACAUAUCACUGUACAAUGAAAGUCAGGCACAAUUUAAUACGUAUGUUCAGCAAGGAACUGUGAUGAAUAACUACGCCCACAUCUUUGACCUCCUCACACGCUUGCGGCUGGCAGUUGAUCAUCCUUACCUUGUAGUAUAUUCUCGUACUGCUAUGGAAAGAACUGGAAGUAUUGUUGAUGCUGGCAACAGCGAACAAGAAUGCGGCUUGUGUCAUGAUCCAGUAGAGGAUCCUGUGGUCACUUCAUGUGCACACAUCUUCUGUAAAUCUUGUUUAAUUGAUUAUUCUGCCAGUGUUGGACAAGUUUCAUGCCCUUCUUGUUCAAAACCACUUACUGUUGACUUCACUACCAACUUUGAUCAUGGAGAUCAGAAUACAAAAACAACCAUUAAAGGGUUUAAAUCCUCGAGUAUUCUAAACAGAAUCCAGCUUGAUGAUUUUCAGACAAGCACAAAAAUAGAGGCUUUGAGGGAAGAAAUCAGAUUCAUGGUUGAAAGGGAUGGAUCUGCGAAAGGAAUUGUUUUCAGCCAAUUCACAUCAUUCUUGGAUUUGAUACACUACUCUCUCCGGAAGUCUGGCAUUGAUUGUGUUCAACUAGUAGGAUCCAUGACCAUGGGUGCUAGAGAUGCUGCAAUUACUCGAUUUACUGAGGAUCCGGACUGCAAAAUCUUCCUUAUGAGCUUAAAAGCUGGAGGUGUUGCUCUCAAUCUCACAGUUGCAUCACAUGUUUUCUUGAUGGACCCUUGGUGGAAUCCAGCUGUGGAGCGGCAAGCCCAAGAUAGAAUCCAUCGGAUUGGGCAAUACAAACCAAUCAGGAUUGUUAGAUUUGUUAUUGAGAACACAAUUGAGGAGAGAAUGUUGAAGUUGCAGGAGAAGAAGGAACUUGUGUUUGAAGGGACGGUGGGUGGCUCAUCAGAAGCUUUGGGAAAAUUAACCGAGGCGGACCUGAGAUUCCUAUUUAUCACCUAAGCAGGAUUAUAUAUAUCGCGCGUAGCUCCAAGAUCAGUUGCUUUAUUGAUUCGAUUUUUGUAGCAAUUUUUGUCAACUGCACCUUUUGAUGGGCAGAUUGCAUUGAGUUCUUCGAUGAUGGUAACUGAGGUGUUUCUCAGUUGUUUAUGACAUAGUCUAAGAUGAACAGACUGCAGAUUUAACCAGAAAAAGAAGAGGAAGUGUAGGUUGUUUAGAACUAUAUCCAUGGAAGGACGAUGAUGGACAUGCUCAAAAGGCUUCAAUAUAUUAUAUAUUUUGCCAAUGCUUCGGGUGCUCGGGCCAUUUUGUUGAUAUGCAAUUAUAUUGUAUGCCUUCUCUCAACCGGUAUAGUGGUUGACACC